AUGGCGGGCAGUGUGAGGAACACGGCAAAUCUUUUCGAACAGCAAGACAGAGAGGAACUUUUAGAGCUUAAUUCUUAUAAUUCAGGUGGAUUUAGGUUCAAGGGAAGUGAAAGCAGCGCACUUUGUCUUCUAAACAAGCUGAGACUCGAAGGAGAAGGGGGUUUUUGCGACGUGACCCUGGAAGUGGACGGAAGACAAUUGGCGACUCAUCGAUGUGUUUUGGCGGCAAGCAGCCAAUUUUUUUAUACCAUGUUUCACAGUGGUAUGAAAGAAUCAAAUCAAACACUCCUUAAGUUGCAUUCAGUUAGUUUUGACUCCAUGUCGCUCAUUCUUGAUUAUUUUUACACGCGAGAGAUUGUUAUAAACUACGACAUUGUGUUGGAGUUGCUAAACACUGCAAGCUUUCUUCUUGUCACUCCAGUGAAAAAGGCGUGCAUUCAGAUUCUCAACAAUCAGCUUAGCAUUGAAAAUUGUUUCAGUAUUCUACAAGUAGCCGAGCUGUUUUGCGCAAGUGAACUUGCGAAAAGGGCAAGCAACUAUAUUAAAGAGAACUUCUUCUCUGCGGUGAACAACGAAGAAUUUGUUUCCAUUUCAAAAAAGAGUCUGAUUGACUUUAUAUCCAGUGAUGAAAUUCAAGUGGAAAGGGAGGAAGAGGUCUACCAAGCUGUACUGAAGUGGGUGAAGUAUGAUGAAGAAAAUCGUAUCUCAGAUUUACCUGAAUUACUAAGCCAUCUCAGAGGGAAGUCCUUGCCUAAAGGAUUCCUGAAAUCGGAGAUGUCGAAAGAGCCAAUACUU